AUGGCAUCCACAUCUACCAUCCCCCCCGAAACCAAAGAGCUGAUUUCUCAAAUAGAGGGCAUCCUCCAUAACCUGGAUGUGGCGACGCGCAAGCUUAGAAAAUCAUGUCUCCCAGUCGAGGAGAUACCGCGGAUUGGCGCAUUGCUCGACACCGCGGAGGAUCGACGUACGGAGAUCGUUGCCAACGAUGACAGUGACUAUGCCGAGUGGCGAACUCCAUAUAAGGUCCAAUUUACGCCAGCACCUCAUUGUAGGGAUUCAAAAAGCCGUCCGUUCCUCGCUGCAUGCGUUGACGUGGACGAGAAAGUCUCGGUGCGAGGCAGCUAUAAACAAGCUAUGCUACACAAGGAGACUGACCUCACAUUACACCUUGAUGAGGAGACAUCGAUGGGUCGAGUGCCAGCAGAGUCUGUACGGUGGAAACUGAAACUAGGGAAACAGAAUGAUAUACCCCCACCUCCCCCCGGAGCUGUUGUUAGAUCUUCGGAGGUGGAACCCAUACUAAAAACCGACCUGCAACGAAGGAACCGCAGUCGAGAGGAGAAUGACGAGGUCGAUGAGACCGGGAGUCAGAUCUCAGUAAAGGAGGGCUUGUUGAAUUCCACCCUGCCAACGUGGGAACCCCUGCUUGACCCCAAUGCAAGGUCUAUACCACCUUCGGCGACACUGUUGCAGCCGCUACCUGAUCACCCACCACCGUCGCGAGUCGAUGCGUUCGAGUAUGCGUUACAGCUGAGGCUGACACGGAUGGCGCUUACGGAACAUGUGGAAGGCGCUGAACGUGCGGAGGUCAAAUGGACGAGUGUGUAUGACUGGAUAGCGGAAAGGAAGGGGUCUGUAUCAGAGACACCAAGAUCGCUUAAAGUUGGCGCAUACGCCUACAGCACGAUUACCGCAGCCUCAGGAAAAAUUGAGGCGGUCAGUGUCGAUGAGCGCGGACCCUUCCACCGUGACGGGGAAGAAGGUACAGCAGACGUUGAAAGACCGCGUUCACAAGGGGAAAGGGAAAAUCAGUACAAGAUCGAGGAAAAUUGGGCGUGGCGUCGUUCGAAGCAACAGUUAACAUCUCAAACGGUCGAGCUCUGUGCCGGGUUGCGUUCACGUAUUCGACAUCACCAUCGCCCUGAGCGUCCUGUGGAAUCGUCACCUGCGCCACCGCCACCCACUUCACCUCCCGUGCAAGAACCCAAAACAAAUCACCGGGUGACGAGCAAGGACAGAUUACUGAGUGUCCAUGCGAAAGGUGCCAUCCAGGAAGCGGAAGCCUUCCAAACGGCGUCAUUUCUUUUCCCGGACGACGUUUCUGCUGCUGUUCACAUGUCUCGGAUCUAUCUUGAUUCGGCGUCGGAUGGGGACGUCGACAUGGAUAAGGCAGAUCCGACCGAUGGGCUGCUAGGAUACAUCACUCGUUCUCGAGGGUGGAACGUGCCAGAGGCAUGGUAUUACCUCGCAAAAGCGUACGGUCUGUAA